AGGAAGUAAAGAUGGCGGUGCAGACCUUACUGUCAGAAUCUGUCAUCGGUUGGUCAAUUUUCACCCUUAUACUUCUGGUUAUUCUGGCGUUCUGUUGGAUCUACAUUCGGAAGUUUCAGAGUCGACAGGAUAGUGAGGUUGUUUCAACCGUCACAGCAAUAUGUGCGCUAGCCAUUGCUUUGAUAACCUCUGCGCUUCUACCAGUGGACAUAUUCCUCGUGUCAUACAUGAAAUAUCCCAAUGGCACCUAUAAGGAGUGGGCAACAAGCAAUGAGACACGACAGCACAUUGAAGCCACUGUGCUGUAUGGCUACUACACUCUUUACUCCAUCAUACUGUUCUGUGUCUUCUUAUGGAUCCCCUUUGUUUACUUCUACUACGAAGAAAAGGAUGACGACAACACAAGCAAGUGCUCGCAAGUGAAAAACGCCCUGAAAUACACAGUUGGAUUCGUCAUUUUCUGCGUGGUGCUCCUUUUAAUUGGUGUAUUUAUUCCUAUUCAGGCUCCAACUAAUCAGAAUUCCACUCAGUGGGAGAAGGUGCAGUACCUUUUUGAGGAGCUUGGCAGUAGUCAUGGUUUGGCAGCUCUUUCUUUCUCCAUCAGCUCCUUGACCUUGAUUGGCAUGUUGGCAGUGAUCACUUACACGGCAUAUGGAAUGUCUGUUUUGCCUUUGAAUCUGAUAAAAGGCACUCGGAGUGUUGCCUACGAGCGUCUGGAAAACACAGAGGACAUUGAUGAUGUUGAGCAUCAGAUUGAAAUUCUGAAAUCCAAGUGUAAGGAUGGACGUCCUCUGUCCUCAAAGGACAGAUGCAACCUGGAGGAGUUAGAGGGCAAACUACAGCUCCUCCGACGCAGGGGAAGACACCUGGACAUUGCAGAGAGGAACUGCUGCUCUAAACUUGGCAGAGCUCUCAGACCCGUCAAGAUUGUACUGGGUGUUGUCUUCAUCCUGGUCGCGCUGCUGUUUAUUGUUGCCCUGUUCAUUUCUAAUUUGGAUAAAGCACUUCAUUCUGCUGGCAUCAGUUCCGGGUUUAUAAUCUUUGGCACCAACCUGACUAAUCCUUUCAAUGAACUUCUGUUAGCCCUACAACCUGUUUUUCCACUUGAUUAUAUCCUGAUCACUGUCAUCACCAUGUACUUUGUGCUCACAUCCAUGGCUGGUAUCCGCAACUUGGGCAUCUGGUUCUUCUGGAUAAGACUGUACAAAAUACGACCAAAGAGAACACGGCCACAGGCCCUUCUGAUCCUCUGCAUGAUUCUUCUUCUGAUUGUUCUACACACCAGCUACAUGAUCUACAGUCUGGCUCCACAAUAUGUCAUGUACGGCAGCCAGAAAUAUCUUGUACAGAGUCAGGCACCGGUACCAAAUCCUGUGUCUGGAAAUGCCACCACAAGGACAUGUGAUGCAGAUGCACCUGAUGACUGCUGCUAUAACUCUGAGCUGUGUAGCAUCCAGAAGUUUGCAGAUGACACCUCCAUCAUUGGAUGCAUCAAGAAUGACAGAGAUGAGUAUAGGAGUCUGGUGAGGGACGUUGCUGUCUAG